AUGUCAGUUCGUGACAGCUUCUACGAAAACGAAGUUGUUGGUCAUUACAACUUCAGUCUUUCAAGCGAAUAUGUUCUUACAUCGGUUAUUCACUCUGCGGGUAUUUGGGUCGGCAACGGCAUGUUUCGUAUUACCAAUCUUUCCAUUAUCAUUCCAACAUGCAAAAUGAUGCAAUAUUGUCGAAAUAUCCAAUAUUCUUAUUUUGCAGUAUUUAUAUUAAUGUAUUCUGAAUAA